AUGUUCAGAAAACUAGCACCGGCCAAUAACUUCCUUACCAUGACACACUUUCUGGGAAAACACAAAUUAAAAGCGUUUGUGCCUGCGCACCUCACUGAAAUUACUGGAGUCAUAAGAUACGUACCUAAAGACUUAAGCAAUGAAGACAUAUACAAAAGCAUUACCUGCGAUGCAGAAGUCAUCUCCGUCAAGAGAUUUAUGCGAAAGGUAGAUGGAAAGCUCACUCCGCUGGGGACCAUUGCAGUGACCUUCACUGCGACAGCGCUGCUGCAGCAUGCCUACAUACAGAUGUUCAGAUACCCGGUCCACAUAUACAUCCCUCCAUUACUACAGUGCUACAAAUGCCUGAAGUUUAAUCACUCUGCGAAAGUCUGCCGAGGUUCUCAAAUGUGUUCUUCGUGUUCCGGACAACACUCCUACAAAGAAUGUGACGUCGAAAAAAUUGUGUGCAUAAACUGUCAAGGUGGUCACUUAGCCAUCUCUAGGGACUGUCCAGUAAAGCAACAAAAGAUGGAAGAGAAGAAGAAUAAGUAUUUAAAACCAAACCGAUCGUAUGCCGCUGUGGUGAGUAUCCCAGCAAUGCCCGACCCGAGAGCAUUCCCAAACCUUAAACCUGUAAAGACUAUUGAUACUGACAUAAAUAAAGUACCAUAUAAUGCUGAGCAAAUACUAAACAACGAGUUAAUUAUUAAUGCGCUAGUCAAAUCAUUAGUUAUGCUUGGCAAUGACAAGAGCAGCGCUCCGAUUACAAAUAAAAGAAUUAAAGACAUACUUUUAAGUAAUUUAAUACCAUAA